AUGCAACAUUUUAACUUUACAAAGGAACUAAUGAUGAAACAUAGUAAGGUAAUGGGAUUGUCUUAUCUCAAAAGUGUAGCAUAUCUAUUCAUUUUAGAGGCUUCUUUUACUGAAACUGACCUCUCUAUAAUGCCUACAUACUCUCUGUAUUUUAAAGAAUAUUCCAUGUCAGAGGAGAUUGAAAUAUUAAAGUUAUGGCUGGAUAUUGCUUUCUUCAUUGAAAAUCAUGCACCUAGGAGAUCCACAUUCACAGUGAAGCCAUUUAGACCUAGCAGUAGUGAAACACCACUAAAAAACCUCAAGCUAUUAGGAGGUGAUGUGAUGCUUUCAACUAACACAGAAAAGAACAGAAUAACAUCCCACAGAAAGAUGAAAAAAUACAAGCCUAUUAUUUCUCGUGUGAAAAAUCACCAUGAUAUAGUCAUUGUAAGGAAUAUCUCUGUAUUCAAAGAAGUGGGUGAAGAAGAGAGAAGAAUUAUACUCAAAUUAAUGAACAGAGAUGAAUACUGUCUCUACUUGCCCAUUGUACUAAAUAUAUAUGCUAAGGAUGUGGAAUUUGAACAUCUCCACUCACUCCCUUCUGACCAUUUAGAUGAUAACUUUUUGUUAAUGAUGGCCUGUCACAUUUCCAUUGCAUUGAAAUACCUUCACGCCAACAACAUUGUACAUAGAGAUGUGAAACCAUCCAAUACUAUGAUAAGACCAUUCAAUAAUCCAACAUCAUUGUUAUGGAUUGUAUUGAUAGACUUUGGUUUAAGCUUUGAAAUGGUAAAAGAACAAGGUGAAUGCUAUCAAUUAAGUAGCAGUGAAGGUAAGAAAACUCUGGUCAAUGAAAAUGUUGGUACUUACCUUUUCCAAGCUCCAGAAGUUCAUAAAAAGCAAAACUAUGAUGAAAAGAUUGACAUUUACAGUCUUGGGGCUACUUUAUUGUAUCUCAAAAACAAGACCUCAUAUGAAAUAAUCUGUAAAAAAGACGAAUUUGAUCUUCAAGUUGAUAUGCAAACACUCCAAUGGGAUGAUUUUAAAUUUGGGAAAAAAUAUUGGAAAUGGUUAAUGAAGAUCCAAAGAAAAGACCUUCAGCUCAAGAGCUUGCCGAUUAUUUUACUACUCUUUACAACAACCCACAAACAACAAACGCAGAAACUAAAGACCAAGAAGAUUUCGAAAUGCUUUAUGAUCAAGAAAGAUAAGAAGGUUAGCAAACAAAUUGAAGAUAUUGGAAUAACAUUUAUAACAUUGCCUUAUUGGAAUGAAUCCUGUUGGAAUAUUUUCAAAUGGUAA